AUGCUGCUUAAAGUUGUUCGACGUAUCACUGCUCUUUUUUUCCUUGUGAAGAUAGUACAAUUGACUAUAGUUUAUUGCACUCCUCGUCAAUUUGAUACAUCUUCUCAUAUAAUUUUGAGUUCAAAUAUUGAUUCUAAAUUUGCAUUUAUCCACACAGCUAGUUCCUAUGGCAUACCCAAGGUACUCGCAUUAACAUUUACUGACAUUUUGGACAAAUUUGUAGUAUGGGAUAAUGUUUAUUUUUCUGACUUGUUUGUCAAUGACAUUAAAUUUGAACAUCAAUACGUAUUUUGUCCUCUUUGGUGGCGCUUUGUUAAAUAUAUUGGAGAUCAUACCAAGGGUGACUUCUACACGGUACUAUUCAUUGGUACAAUUAUUGCCAACUUGUGUCAUUAUUUAUCAUGCAUUGUGUUGUAUUUCUUCACACUAGAAACUUUUGCUAGAUCCAAAUUUUUCAAUCAUACGAACUUGGUUAAACUCUCUGAAAGGACAAGUUUAUUAUACGUGCUAUCCCCUGCUGGAAUAUUCUUAACUACUUCAUGUUCAGAAUCACCGUGUGCCCUUUUAACUUUCAUUGGGCUUUAUAUAAGAGAAAUUUCCUUGGACUAUAAUAGUUUUGAUUUGAUAAAUUCCAAAGUUUCAGUACGAAAUCCUAUUACUUACAUCAUAUCUGGAAUUAUAUUUGCCAUAUCAUAUGGAAUUAGAGCAAAUUCAGUACUACUUGGAGUUCUUUAUUUGUAUGAUCUUUACAAAUUUUUCAUAGUAAAUCAAAAUAUGAAGGACUCUAUAUUAUCAUUGAUAGCAGGAUCGAAUAUGUUCAUAGCGAUAGUUAUAUCUACUUGGUUUCCCUACAUGGUAUUUUGCCCCAAUGGUAGAGGAGAAUGGUGUGACAGUUACUUCCCACUGCUCUUUCUGUAUGCACAAUCACAUUAUUGGAAUAAUGGAUUUAUGAAAUAUUGGACCCCUAAUAAUAUACCUAAUUUCAUAUUUGCAUUACCAACAAUCAUUCUUACAGUUUUUGCAUUACAAUUCUACAUUGUAAGAUAUCCCUUUAAGAAUAUCCUUCCAAUAUUAUUUGUCAACAUCUUAUUACUUAUCGGGGGUAUCUUUUGGUGGCACACACAAAUCUUAACAAGAAUCUCCUCAUUCUUACCAUUGAUAUAUUGGUACAUUGCCAGCUUAGGAUUACUUAAUGUAGGUCAGGACGAGAUUAAAGUAUACCAUUGGUCAGUUAGAUACUUCAUAAUUUGGUCCCUUUUACAAACGGGAUUAUUCGCAGCAUUUCUUCCUCCAGCUUAA